CAAUGUGAUUUUCAAACUCACCAUGGAGACCCAUAAGCUAAUUAUACCUUUCAUUCUUCUUCUUUUCAUCCCUUGUUCAUCUUCUUUCACUCCCAUAGAUAACUACCUUCUUAGUUGUGGAUCACACAACAAUGCUUUCCUCUUCAACCGCAUCUUCAUGGGUGAUUCCUCCAACCAAGGUUCAAAUUUUCUCUCUGCAGAUAAAUCCAUUUCCCUCACCAACCAAAACCCACCUUCAGAUUUGUCCACUUUGUAUCAUAGUGCUAGAGUUUUCACCAUCUCAGGGAGCUACAGGUUCAACUUGAGGAAGAACGGUACCCACUUGGUUCGUUUUCAUUUCUCACCUUUUAAGGCUCAAGGGUUUGAUCUAAAAUUUGCAAACUUCAGUGUUUUGGUUGAUGGGAAUUUGGUUCUGAGCAAUUUCAAGCCAAGUAAUGGUACACUGCUUAAAGAGUAUAUUUUGAAGAUAGAGUCAAAUUUACUUGAAAUUGUAAUAAGGCCAGAAGGUAACUCUGGAUUUGGAUUUGUUAAUGGUAUAGAGGUGUUUACUGCUCCUGAUGAUUUUGUUAUAGAUUAUGGAGCUAGGUUGGUUGGUCCUUUUGGUGUGGAGGAGUACAAGAAUCUUUCGUCUCAGGUUUUAGAAACUAUCCAUAGGAUUAAUGUUGGGGGUGUGAAAUUAACUCCUUUUAAUGACACCCUUUGGAGGAAUUGGAUUCCUGAUGAGGAAUUCUUGGUUUUUAAGGAUGCAGCUAAGCCUGCAGUCACCACUCACCCACCAAAUUAUCAAAAGGGAGGCGCAACUCAAGAGAUCGCGCCUGAUAGUGUUUAUAUGACUGCCCAGGAGAUGAAUAGGGAUCACUCCAUUGUGGCUUCACAGUUCAACAUAACCUGGGAUUUUCCAGUAGCUCCGGGUGGUGUUCGACACUUGGUUCGGUUGCAUUUCUGUGAUAUUGUUAGUCCUGCUCUUAAUUUGCUCUACUUUGAUGUGUAUAUCAAUGGAUAUUCUGCAUAUAAGGAUCUUGAUUUGUCAUCCCUUACAUUGCAUGUGCUUGCAUCUCCGGUCUAUGUGGAUUUCGUUGCAGAUUCUGAUGAUUCAGGUGUUAUUAGAAUAAGUGUUGGCCCUUCUGGUUUGAGCAGUUCUAUGAGGGUGAAUGCCAUAUUGAAUGGUGCAGAGAUAAUGACGAUGGUGGAUGUUAUGGAUUCACAUGUUUCUCCUAGGAAGAAAAGGUUGUGGAUUUUGGUUGGUUCAAUUGUUGGAGGAAUUGUUGUUUUACUUUUAGUUGUAGCUGCUUUUUUACUUGCCCUCAAAUGCAGGAAGAAGAAGAAGAAGAAACCAAAGCAACGAAUAGUGGAAAAUGUAAGAUGGACGCCUUUACGUAUGUUUGGAGGGAGUUCACUCAGUAGAAUGUCUGAAGGGACAGCUUUUCCCUCUCCUGGUUCUUAUGGAUAUUUUGACUUGAGAAUUCCUUUUGCUGAUAUAAAAUUAGCAACAAAAAAUUUUGAUAGAAGUUUAAUUAUAGGGUCUGGUGGGUUUGGUAUGGUUUACAAAGGGGUCCUCAAAGACAAUGUGAAGAUUGCAGUCAAGAGAGGCAUGCCUGGAUCCAGACAAGGCCUUCCAGAAUUCCAGACUGAAAUAACAAUCUUAUCCAAAAUUCGUCACCGCCAUCUUGUUUCCUUGGUUGGAUAUUGUGAAGAAAAUUCAGAAAUGAUACUUGUCUAUGAGUAUGUGGAGAAAGGUCCACUUAGAAAGCAUCUAUAUGGUUCAGCAGGAUUUGAGCCUUUGUCUUGGAAGCAACGUCUUGAGAUAUGCAUUGGUGCAGCUCGAGGUCUUCACUAUCUACACACUGGUUUUGCACAAGGAAUUAUCCACCGCGACAUUAAAUCAACCAACAUUUUACUUGAUGAAAAUUAUGUGGCCAAGGUUGCUGAUUUUGGCCUUUCAAGAUCUGGACCUUGUAUCAAUGAAACCCAUGUGAGUACUGGUGUGAAAGGUAGUUUCGGUUAUCUUGAUCCGGAGUAUUUCCGAAAGCAACAACUCACAGAUAAAUCAGAUGUUUACUCAUUUGGGGUUGUGCUUUUUGAGGUUCUUUGUGCCAGACCUGCUGUUGAUCCACAACUUGAUAGGGAACAGGUGAACUUAGCCGAAUGGGCACUUGAAUGGCAGAAAAAGGGCAUGCUGGAAGAUAUUGUUGAUCCUUAUCUUGUUGGGAAGAUAAAGCAAUGCUCGUUGAAGAAAUUUGGUGAAACAGCAGAGAAAUGUUUGGCUGAAUAUGGUGUUGAUAGGCCAACUAUGGGUGAUGUAUUGUGGAAUUUGGAAUAUGCACUUCAACUCCAAGAAAGGGAGUCAUAUGAUGAUAGCUUCGCUCAUGGAGCAGUGAAUGUGACAACUACAAUAAUUCCUGGGAAUCCUCCUAGCAACCUAAGAAGAGAGGGAGAUAAUGAUAAUGCUUAUUCAGACAUAAGUGCCACCGAAGUCUUUUCCCAAUUAAUGACCACUGAAGGGAGAUAGAGAUAGGAACAUCCUGCAAAUAGAGGCAAAUUUUUGCUGAUGUAUAGAAAGGUUCACAUGGGAAAAAGGUAUCAUGUAGUUAGUACCUAUGCUUCAAUAGUUAUUUUCUUUAUACUUUUUAUUUUUGUUUAAGAAAUUUCAUGCGCCAAAACCGAUAUUAAAUUUACCUUUGGAAAGCAGUGAUAGGCGAGGCUUAUUGAUAGUUUCUUAUAAAUGGUUGGAUGAUCUUUUUUUUCAUGUUAUCUGACACUGGAGAGAUGCUCUGUAACUAUCAUAGUAUAACCUUGUCCUUUUAUGUUAUGUAAGUUUGUGUGUUUAUCAAGAGAUGAAUUAGUAUAAGUUGUAAUAAGCUAUCAGUUCCCUCCUAUUAUUAAUUUUUAUUUCUUCCGUUUCUGCUUCAUUGAAAGAUCCAGUAUUGAAAUAGGUGUCAUUUUUCUUAAAAUUUUGUUAUUUACUUAUGUUGGACUUCUAUGAAUACAUUUGAGGAAAUAAAAUGCACCAUG